AUGUCUGCUUCCGUUCCUCCUCCCGCCGCCGAUCAGGACUACAAGGGCACUCUGCUGCCUCUUUUGAUCUCCAACAAUGUCCUCACCUUCGGCUCAUACACCCUCAAGUCGGGUCGUGAAUCGCCCUACUUCUUCACCUCUUCCCGUCUUCACACUGCGCCGCUUCUGCGCGCCACAUCUGCCGCCUAUGCCAGCGUCCUGUCUGCCGCGCCGUUCGUGACCACCGCCGCCGACGGCACCACGAGCCCCAACUUUGACAUCAUCUUCGGCCCCGCCUACAAGGGUAUCCCCAUCUCCGCCGCCGUGACAAACGAACUGGCCGUGCGCGACUCCCUCGCCGGAACCCACACCUGGGACAACGUCAGCUACUCAUUCAACCGCAAGGAGGCCAAGGCUCAUGGCGAGGGCGGAAACAUUGUCGGCGCCCCCCUGAAGGGCAAGCGGGUCGUCAUCGUCGACGACGUCAUCACAGCCGGAACCGCCCUGCGCGAAGCCGUCGGCAUCAUCCAGAAGGAGGGGGGAAUUGUCGCGGGUGUUGUGGUCCUGCUGGACCGCGAGGAGCGCGUGAGCGACACCGAGGCGAAGAGCGCUGUGGGAGUUGCUCAGCGGGACCUUGGCGAGAGCAUGCCCAUCCGCGCGGUCAUCGGUCUCCAUGAUCUGAUUGAGAAGCUGGGUGAUAAGAUUGGGGAGACUGAGAUUCAGCGGUUGAAGGACUACAGAGCGCGCUAUGGAGCGGAAUAG